AAAUUGAGGUUAAUCAUGAAAAGAAUGCUUUAAAUGUGGCAACAAUGUCUGCACGAGGAAAUGUUGAUAUGUGAUAAAAAAAGUGUUAACUUCUGCUGAUAAGUAUUAUGUGGAUGUGGUAUUUUUUGAUAAUUCGAAAUAGAAAUAAUUUUUCAUGUAGCACAAAAAGUGGCACGCCCCCUUAAAAUGGAACAGGAAGAAGCAAUUUACAAAGGGUUUUUAUUGUUACCACCAGUUGGAAAAUUAUUAAAGAAAUCAUGGCAACAGAAACACUGCUUGCUGUUCAAGGCAAGCAAAUUCGGAAUAGAAAGGUUAGAAAUAUAUGAUGCUGCGGAUUCGAAAGAAUCCAAGAUUCUUACCCUUGAAAACUGUAUUAAAGUCCAUGCAAAAAGUGCUACAAUUUUCUGCAUCACAACGAAAACAGCAAUCCACGAAUUCGCUACUUUAACAGAGCAAUCCCUAAACGAGUGGUUGAGUGCCAUCCAAUCUGUUGCCUUCCCUGAAGAGGGUUCCAGACUUACGAGUAUCGAGGAAGACAACGAUCUGUACUGCUCUUCUGGGGAAGGUGUAUUUAAUGUGAAACUACAUCAUUCGCCAGCAUCUCAAAGAUGUGGGCUAGAAAAUAAACAUUAUACUUUAGUGUUAACCUCAACCUCCUUGCAAUUAAGGAACAUUAAAGACGAUAAAUUGUUAUUUACUUGGCCUUACUGUUACAUUAGGCGUUAUGGUUAUAAGACUGGAAAGUUUACUUUCGAAGCCGGUAGGAAGUGUGAGUCUGGUGAAGGUACAUUUUUUCUCGAGCAUCCUAAUCAACAGGAAAUAUUUAGAUGCCUAGCGACUAAAAUGAAAUCUAUGAAAAAAUUACUAUCCGGGGAAACAUCUCCCGUGUUAGACUGCGGCGAUUUACAACUUCAAGCGGCCCUAAGUAUGGAAGCUAGAUCGCGAACUCCAUUACCACCAUCACCGACAUCUCAGCUUAUACAAGAUCCAAAUUUCAAAUCUCAACUUAGCUUACCCGACUUAGACCAAGCCUUAAAAAAGACGAAACCAGCGAAGCCUCCCAGGAAAGGUGUGAUCCCAAAAAAACCUUUCAGUAGUCCCACCCCAUCAAACAACUACGUUUAUGAGACUGUGGGCAAGUAUGAUGAUAUAGAAUAUAGAAGUGAUGCGUGGCGUACACUCGGCGUCGAUGAACCUAACCAUACAGAGCAAGUAAAUGAAGACGACGAACAAGAAGACUACAUGUCGUGGGGACAAUUUAAAAAAGAAGUGGAAAAUAUAAAACCUCCCGUACAACCGGUGGCGCCUAAGAUCAUUACGGGUUCCACAACCGAUUUAGAUGACUCAUAUUACGAUAAAUUAAAUUUCUUCGGAUCCACCAGCAAACUUAGUACCAAAUCUGGGUACAAACAAGUGUUACCUAUACCUGUGGCUGCCACUCCGUACCAACCUUCGUUUAAUGAAUACGAUGAGGUUCAGUGCUUGGACAUGGAACCUGUGAGGCCCGCUGACGACUCUCAUUUAGGAUACGCUUUAGUUCGAAAAGAGCCGGGUAAGGAAGGUCUGAAGGAGGUUGUGAGCGAUGACAAAAAGAAGAAAGAAAAAGAUAAAGUAAGUCACCAGUUUCACAACGAGGAGCCUUAUGCAGUAAUUAGUAAACCAAAACGAGUCUAGUCAAAACAAUUUGUAUUUUUUUGUAUAUGAUUUUUAUUUACAAAGUGCAAUUAUUGCACCAUUAUUACCUCUCCGUUUAUGAAAAUUUUCAACGUCUCACCUAUUCAAAGAUCAAUUUAAUAUACCUUAGUCUGAUCCGAGCUGAAAAAAAAACUAUCACAUCAAAAUCAGUAUAACAGUUUUUGUGAGUGUUAUCAUCUGUUAUCAAUUUUUUCAAAUGGCUUUUUAUCAGUUUUAUUUGAUAUGAUAUGCAGGAUCUCCUUUUGUAGUAUUGAGAUUUUUCUAUUUUUGAUAUCAGUAGUAUGUAGAUACAAGUAUAUUAUUAUUGCGAAAUUAAUGAAUAAGCAAAUAAUAUUUAUGAUUUUCAUCCGUAUGUAUUGGAAAUAUUUUCAAAAAAUAAAUUAAUGUCAAUAUUAAUAUUAAAUCGAAUUUAAAGGAACUAACUGGUGACAAUUAUGUAAUACAGAGUGUUGCAAUUUUCUACAUACAGAAUUGUAGAGGAAAUUCUCUUACUAGAAAUAAUAAAAAAGAAAUUGGUCUUCAAACGCUUCACAUUUAAGACUUGGUGAAAAACAAUAUAAUUUUUGUAGUUAUUCUCAUUAUUUUAUACAGUGCAACCCAUUUGAAACCUGGAUACCCUCAUAAAAUUUUUAUUUACAGGGUGAUUUUGACCAACUUAAUUUUGAAUUGUAGAGGGGAGAAAAGUGUACUUUAGAACCAAGUGUCAUCCUCUUUAUACAAAAACCAAGGCCUACCAGAUAAUUUUUUAACGGUAAAAAUUAAAGAACCCGUAUUAGCGAUUUUUUUAAAAAAAAAUCUGAGCACACCACUGGAUUAAGCGCCCCUUAAAAUGGGCCUAUACCAAAUUUCAUAAAAAAAUAUUGCAUAUUAAUAAUUCUGACAAAUUUGAAAAUCAUAGUUAUGAAUUUUUUUUGUCUGGCGAAGCAAGCCAUGCAAUAAAACGUCAAAAACAAAAGACAAUAACUAUUUUUAUUCAUAACAAUAUUCAACAAAAUUAUUGAUGUUUCAGAAGAGAAGAAUUAUUAAUUAAAUGCUUGUUACCUCCACCAAUUCGCUUCUAAAAAAUCGCUAAUAUGGUUUCUCCAAAAAUGAUCUGGUAGUCUUUGGUUUUUGUAUAAAAAGGAUGACACUUGAUUCUAAAGUACGCUUUUCGCCCCUGUACAAUUCAAAAAUACAUACAAUAUUCAGUCUAUGAAUUUUUUUAUUACAGACAAUGAUUUUUCUUUCGAGAAAACAAUUUUUUGCCCAUUGACUUUAAUCUCGUUAGUAUUUGUGUUCAUUUUACUGUUUGGAUAGAAAGUUAAAUCAAAUAUUUAGUACUUGGGUAUAGAAACACAAACAAAACAAACUAAGGAAUGACGUGCGCCCAGGGGAGAUGUGGAAGUCGUUACCUACUACGCAAUUUAUCUAUUUUGUUAAUGACGAUUAAUAUUACUUCAGAAAAUCCGGAGAAAUUAUCGCAUCCCGGGAGUUCGGGAGGUUGAACAUUAUUCCCGGAGAGUCCCGGGCAUUCCGGGAGAGUUGGGAAAACUAUCUGUUAUCGGAAUUACUGUAACAAUUUACCGCAACAAGGACGUGCCUUGAAAUUUUUCACCAAUGUCUCGGGUAUCGAAUUUGGUUAAUUAAAAAAAAAAAUUGUAUUAACUGUUAUAAUUGUAUCUAUUGUAAUCACGCCACUGCAUCAAAUUGCUAUUUCAGGGCAAAAUUAGAAUAGUCACUUAUGGUAUAGUCUUUCCGAAGUCAGUUGAACAUGUAAAAAAACGCCUGACAAUAAAAUUGAAUGA